AAUAUAAAACGAUAAAGAUACGAGUUAUUUACAAGUAACCUUACUGCGAAUACCUUAAAAUAACAAUACCUACUAGUUAAUGAAAUCAUUUUACAACCUAUUUAACAAUACCUUUUGUUGAUAAGCUGACAGAAUGAUGUUUUUUAGUUUGUUUUUCAUAAGCGCAUAUUUUUCUCAAUGCUUUGCUAGUGAGGCAGUAGAGAUAUUUGCAAAUGGCAUUGUUAAAUAUUCAGGUAACAUAUAUAAGGAGCUGGUUAUCGAUAACAACACCAAGGGCAAAAACUUUAUUACAAGUCCCCUUGGCGUACAAGUUAUUUUAGCCUUGGUUGGAGAAGGAUGCAAAGGAGUGACAGCUCAACAAUUAAUCACAGGACUUCAGUUACCGAAUACUAAUGUUAGGAGAGAAGUUAUUAACCAUUAUAGGACAUUAAAUCCUUUUAUAAAAGGUACAUUUGAACUAAAUUUGGCCAUUAAAUUGUAUAUCUCUAGAUACUUCAAAGUCCUUCCAUCGUUUUUGGAUUUGGCAAGAAAUAUAUACAAAUCAGAUAUAGAAAAUAUCGAUUUUUCGAAUCACGUUUUAGCGGCUAAUAAUAUUAAUAAGUGGGUCGCUCUGGAAACAAACAAUACCAUUCAAGGUUUGGUAGAUGCUAAUGAACUUAGUGCAUUGACCAAGUUUGUUACCGUUAGUGCUUUAUAUUUCCGAGGAGAUUGGACAAGAUCGUUUAGUCCUCAGAGAACAGACAACCAAAAUUUCUUUCCAAGAUAUUGCAAUAACAAUAAAAUUGCCAAGAUAGUUAAAACAAUGAAUGCUAUUAAUACAUACCUGUUUUUGGACUCAUCUGCACUGGAAGCAAAAUUUUUAGAAAUUCCAUAUAAAAACUCGAAUUGUAGUAUGACGUUUAUAUUACCACAUGAGCAAGAUGGUUUAUGCUCUAUAGAAAAGGACAUUCAGAAAUAUCUACAGAAACAAAAAUUGACAACUGAGCUAGUUGAUGUAUCUAUUCCCAAGUUUAAUAUUACCAGUUCAAUAAACUACAUACCACUACUGAGAAAGUUAGGUAUUACCCAAGUAUUUGAAGAAACGGCAGACAUGACAGGCAUAUCAACUCAAAGAGAUCUUUUUAUUCAAUUUGUUACACAAAAAGCAUUUAUAGGAGUAAAUGAACAAGGGACUUUAGCUACAGCUGCAUCAGCAGCUGUUGGAGUAAUACGUUCCUUACCUUUACCACCACCAGAUACAGACUUAACAUUUAAAGCUGACCAUCCAUUCUUUUACUAUAUUAGAGACAAUGAGUCAGGAGUUAUUCUGUUUAUAGGAAGAUAUGUUCAGUAAUACUACACCUUUUUGAAAAUCUGUAAACAAAAUAUAAAUAUAAAAAACACAAAUAAAAAAUAAAUGAAAAUAGUUCUACAAAUAAUCAUAUUAUUUUUUUACGAAUAAAAGGAAUAUCUAUUUGCAUUAUAAAUUUCAGAAAGUUGUGUAACAAGUCAAGAAAGUACAAAUAAAGAUUUUCAAAAAAUUAA